AAAUAACAUGUCAGAAGCUUUUAAUAGCGUUCUGGUAAAUACAAGGACCAAACCGAUUAUUACAAUGUUGGAGGACAUGAGAUUGUACAUGAUGAAGAGAUGGGCAACUAAUAGGUCAAGGGUAACUUCUUUUAAAUCAGCAAAUUGUCCUAAAAUUCUGAGUAUAUUACAGAAGGAGGCACUACAAACAAAGAACUGGGUUCCCAGCUGGUCUGCACACAAACUUUUUGAGAUCAGACAUGUGUCCCAAAGUGGGGACAACUUUGUGGUGGAUAUAGAUAAAUAUACAUGUUCCUGUAGGAAGUGGAGCAUCAGUGGAAUUCCUUGUGUGCAUGCAUUGACAGCAAUGAACUUUCUCAACCUAAAUGCAGAGGACUCUCUACCUGUAUGGUUUAAAAAGUCAACCUAUGAAGAGAUGUAUUCCUCCAUUAUAUACCCCAUUAAUGGAAAACAUCUAUGGGAGGUCACUCAAUGUCCAGAUGUCUUGCCUCCACCAAAAAGACAGCUGCCUGGUCGUCCUAAGAAGAAAAGGAGAUUAGAGCAAUGAGAGUUGAAGAAAAGUACUACCAAAAUGUCAAAAGGGGGCUUACUCAAGAGAUGUACCAUCUGUAGGGAAGUGGGACACAACAAAAGAAAUUGCCCCAAACGAAGCCAAGGGCAGCAAGAGGGAGAACCCGACACAUUGCCUCAGGGUCAACCAAAUGGAGCAGAUACACAUACAACUUGAAGUUUAACAGAUUUUGUAAUAGGCCAAAUUUUGAUGGUAGAAUAUGUAAUAGGCCACAUUUUGAUGUUACCAUAUUUUGAUGUUUACCAGAUUUUGAUGUUUACCAGACUUUGAUGUUUUAG